UGAUCUGUGUCAUGUCAUCGUAUAGUAUUCUUGUAAUUCUUGUAUGGUUAGAUUAGUUUCACAGGAAUUUAUUUAUGCUCUUGUUAUUUAUCUAUAUUUCAACUAACUUAACUAAAAUUGAGUGAACCUAAAAGUCGGUGUUUCAAGUGUUUUGCUACUUAUUUCACCGUCUUCUCAGUCUAGCAAUAUCAAUCAAGAAAGUAGCCAGCGGCGUCUUUAAUUUUGUCAUUUGUGAACAAUAAGUGGUUUAAAAUGCCAGGAAUUGCAACAAUGUCACUGGAAAAUAUGUACUGCACUCGCUGCGGGGAUGGGUUUGAGCCCAAUGAGAAGAUUGUUAACUCCAAUGGAGAACUGUGGCACACUAAUUGUUUUGUAUGUGCCCAAUGCUUCCGGAUGUUCCCUGAUGGGGUGUUUUACGAGUUCGAGGGCCGUAAAUACUGCGAACAAGAUUUUCAGGUGCUUUUCGCCCCGUGCUGCGGCAAAUGCGGCGAGUUCGUGAUCGGACGCGUGAUCAAGGCGAUGAACGCGAACUGGCACCCGGCGUGCUUCCGCUGCGCGGAGUGCAGCACGGAGUUGGCGGACGCCGGCUUCAUCAAGCACGCGGGCCGCGCGCUCUGCCACGCCUGCAACGCGCGCAUCAAGGCCGACGGUCUGCAGAACUACAUGUGCCACAAGUGCCAUGGUGUGAUCGACGGCGAGCCGCUGCGUUACCGCGGCGAGGUGUGGCACGGGUACCACUUCACGUGCGCCACGUGCGGGGUCGAGCUCGACCACACUGCGCGCGAGGUCAAGAACCGCCCGGGCUAUGCUGCCAACGAUGUGAACAACCUGUUCUGCCUGCGUUGCCACGACAAGAUGGGUAUCCCGAUCUGCGGCGCCUGCCGCCGCCCCAUCGAGGAGAGGAUCGUCACCGCUCUCGGGAAGCAUUGGCACGUUGAGCAUUUCGUGUGCGCCAAAUGCGAGAAGCCGUUCCACGGGCACCGGCACUACGAGAAGAAGGGGCUCGCGUACUGCGAGCAGCACUACCACCAGCUGUUUGGCAACCUGUGCUACGUCUGCAACCAGGUCAUCGCCGGAGACGUGUUCACGGCGCUGAACAAGGCGUGGUGCGUGCACCACUUCGCGUGCGCCGUGUGCGACGCGGCGCUGAGCACGCGCAGCAUUUACGAGUACGACGAGCGGCCCGCGUGCCGUCGCUGCUACGAGAAGCUGCCGCAGGAGCUGCGCCGCCGCCUGCGCCGCGCGCACAACUACACGCCGCGCCGCUAGACACGUGACACACACACACGCAUACACAGCGAGCACGCGGCUAGUUCUACGAGCCUAAUCACACGCCACGCCCGUACCACUACAAUAACAAAUCUCGCGUUUCCUAGGAUAGCGAUGCAGUGCGGAGACGGCCGCUAAAAGACGCCACCGCUUUCCUAGGAAACCAUAUAGCGGUUUCACACGAAACACAUGCAAUACCACCGAACAUAAACACGGCAUCCCCACGCUUGACUGAUGUGCCGGUUUGUCAAACAAGAUGUGUGUGAAAAAUAUCGACACUGAUACAGAUCACUGGCAAGCGCUUAGCUCUUACCGCAAAACUUUUCGUUUGAAACGUUCACUGUUCACGUUAUCGGUUGUGUUAAAUCGUAUAAAUGUUUUACGUCUUGUCUAUGUUGGUUAACACCGACUGCAGCAUAAAAUUGACGCCACUCGAAAACA